CAUUAUUAUUUUAAAAAUCUUCGGGUGUAUGUUGGUUUGAAAACUAAUUGCUUGGGUCUUAAUAGUUGAAUUAAAAUAUUUAAACUUUAUCCAGUGAAAUUGUUUCAGAACUAUUUGUUGUAUUAUUCAAGACAGCUACGAGAAGUUGAUACAUUAAAAAAAUAAAUUAAAAAUCUUUUACAGUAAUAAUUGUUUAAUACUUUUCUAAUAAAUGAAUGUGUUGUUUUAAGUAAUAUUCUGGACUUUUCUGUAUCUAUAAGUAAUGCAGGACUAAAUACGGUGAAUAAAAUAAAAUACAAAUGCAGGAUUCUAUAUGAACCCAGACUAAAGGGCACGUAAAAUAAGUUGGGUUUUAUUUUGUAAAGUCCAUUACAGGAAGUGUUUCCAAGUGGUCAUUUCUGACGGACACGUUUUCUAUUUUCCUUAUUUAUAUGCACAUUUACUGUAAUACUGGAGCAAUAACAGAUGUAGAMGUUUGUAAGAUACAGUAUUACAUUAGCCCAGAAUGAGGCAAAUUUUCUGAAGUCACUAACCUUUAGCGAGAACACAAAAGUCGCUUGGUUUUUAUUUUGAAAUAUCUGAUGCCGGAAGUAUGCCAACCAUUAAUUUACACAGCUUUUUUGAACCUUUACCAUUUCGAGAAAACUAAAUUUAAUGUAAAACCGUUUUAAUACUACACAUAAAGUAAGGAAACACUGAGUAUCGACGUAUUUGUGAGAAAGUUGCCUGAGCUGGUUUUUAUUUUGAAAUGUGUAUUUCCGGAAGUUGUGCAAAUCGCUCGUUUUGACGAUUUUUAUUUUUUUUCUCUCGUUUUGACGUUUAUCUUAUAUGUUUCAUUAUCUUCCGGUAAAUGUGUGAGUCGACGAUGAAGUCAGCUCCCCCAGGAGGGGCCUCGGUGAUGAUUAACGGAGUUAGUUACGGGUUGGUAACCGGACAGAGGAGCGGCGGGUGGAGAACAUGUCGCUGUGGCUGAUUUGGGUUUGUUUGGGGCAGAGUUCUGGUCUUCUGUCUCACGUUCAGAACUACGAGGUGGUCCGACCUCAGAGACAUCAGGAGAGACGGACCCGGAGCCUGCAGGUCAACCAGAUUUAUCCUGAUAAAGUUCAUUACAGCCUGACCAUCGAAGGGAGAACCCACAUCGUUCAUCUGGAAAAAAACAGGAAUCUUAUUGGGGAAAACUACACUGAAACAUUUUAUUCAGACGAUGGAAGAAGAGUGACAACGUCACCGACUGAGGAGAACUGUUUCUACCACGGACACGUGGAUGGCGAGGCGGACUCUUCGGUCAGCGUGGGGAUCUGUUCAGGCAUCAGCGGCUUCCUGAGAGUCCGACAGCAGCUGUACCUGAUCCAGCCUCUGGGACAGACGGACCAGGAGGACCAUGCUCUUUAUAAACGAGAACACCUGAAGACCARUGGCGGGUCCGGCUGUGGCUCCGCCUCCUCCGACACCACCUGUGACCAGACCCAGGACCAGAUCUCACAGCCAGCUGGUUUCAAGUCUACAUCAUGGAACGCAGAGCAGCUCUCCGGUCCUCAGAGGUUUGUGGAGCUGUUUGUGGUGGUGGACAACACCGAGUACAAAAAGUACGGAACACAGACGAACUCUCGUAUUCGUGGAGCCGUGAAUCACAUCGACAAUCUCUACCGGACUCUGAACGUCCGCAUCUUGCUGGUGGGUUUGGAGGUCUGGUCCUACAGAGAUUACAUCAGCGUGGACGCGACGGCCGAAACCACCCUGGACAACUUCCUGGCGUGGCGUAAAGCGGACCUCCUCCUCAGGACGAAGCACGACAACGCUCAGUUUGUGACAGGCACGACCUUUGAGAAGGAGACCGUGGGACUGGCCAACAAGUACGCCAUGUGCACCGAGAACUCAGGCGGAGUCAACCAGGACCACCAGGACGACCCGCUGGGCCUCGCCUCCACCAUGGCUCACGAGAUGGGGCACAACUUUGGGCUUUCCCAUGACGACGCAGGCUGCGUGUGCGGCCCAACGCACAGCAGCAUCUGUGUGAUGGCAGAAAAACUGCGACUCGGAGGUCAGGUGUUCCCAGAGUUUUUCAGCGGCUGCAGCGUGCGGCAGCUGUCUGAAUUCAUGGAGCGAGCCCUGCCCGACUGCCUGCACCGACCUGCCUCCGUCAGAACCUUGGCCGCGGAUCCCCGCUGCGGGAACGCCCUGCUGGACCCCGGAGAGGAGUGUGACUGCGGCUCAGACGAGGAAUGUAACAAUCCGUGUUGUGAUGCAGCAACGUGUCGCCUCACUGAAGGAUCUGAGUGUUCUGAGGGUCAGUGCUGCCAGAGCUGCCAGAUCAAAGCAUCGGGCAGCUUGUGCAGGAAGUCCUCCGGCGCCUGCGACCUGCCUGAGUACUGCAGUGGAGAAUCACCGGAGUGUCCGGAAGACAGCUUCCAGAUGAACGGAGAGCCCUGCUUCAACCAGGGGCCAGGCUUCUGCCACGAGGGCCGCUGCCCGACCCUCCAGCACCACUGCUGGAGACUGUUUGGAGACGGGGCCAAAGUUGGACCUGAUUUCUGUUUCAACCUGAACAAACGAGGAGAGGAAGGCGCCAACUGUGGGCGGGACAAGUCCGGCUUCAUCCCCUGCUCGGCGCCGGAUCAGAAGUGUGGAUCUUCGUUCUGCGUGGGAGGAGGCGAGYCCAUCACCGGGAAACUGGUAUUCUACCCUGUCCUCGGUAUCGAGUGCAAGCUGCCCGAGGAGAGCAACAGAACCAGGAACAUCGACAUGGUGCCCAACGGAACCAAAUGUGGACCCAACAAUGUUUGCCUYAACUACAAAUGCAUCGAUGUUUCAGUUUAUGGCAAAAAGGAAGAAUGUGCAAAAAAAUGCAACAAGAACGGAGUGUGUAACCACAGGAACCAGUGCCACUGUGAUCCAGGCUGGGCUCCUCCCAACUGUGAUACCAAAUAUGCAGAUUUACCUCCAGGUCAGAAUACGACCACGGCUGUGGCGUGUGCAGUUUCCUUCAGUCUCCUGGUGGUCGUCAUGCUGAUCGCAGGCCUGAUGUUCUGCAGGAGGAGGAACCACGUGGUCCACAGAAGGAAGGUGAAGUCAGCUCCCGGGAAACCGAACCCGAUCUUCAAAGACAGACCUGAGAUCAGUCAGCCGACCCUGGUGGAGUCCACGUCCACUCAGGCCUGCAGUCCCCUGGUUGUUGUUGUGACUCCCAGCACACCUGCUCUACUGAAACCUGCAGCAUCAGCAGCCUCUGAAACCCAACAGAACAAACCUGCAUCUCCUCUGAUCAAACCACAGAUUAAAGAAGCCAAACCGAGCCCUCCACCUGUACCUCCGGUCAAACCCAGCACUCCACAAGUCCAGAGAACCAAACCAAGUCCUCCACCUCCCCCGAUAAAACCUGGACUUCACCAACUCACCUGAAGUUCUUGUUCCAGUUCAGAACAUUUAUAUUUAUUUUAUUGAGCAGGUUCAACACUUUUCUGUUUUUAUUUUAGUCAGUUUUGUGUUUUAAACUUGAUCCAUCUGUGGCGUCUAACUUAACCAACAAACAUUAAACAGAGUCGGUUUCUGCUGGACCGGAUCGGUCCAAAAAGCUUCCUGACAAUCAGAGCCUGGACUCCAACCUGCAGCCAGCUGUUCGUUAGUUUACAUCUAAACUCCAGGUCCUAAGACAAGCCACAAAAAGAUUGCAACAUUUCAGAUAAAACAAACCAGGUUUUAAAUAUUUCGACGUGUGCAGACGUGAAAAAGGUUCGAGUCUGUAUCAAACUGAAACACGCCCGGCGGGUUCUGCAGCGACCCGACAGGAGGMCCCUGAAACUGGAGCAAGGACGUCCUUUUUAAGCUUUAAUUCGUUAAUAUUUCUGCAAAGUUUUGACACUUCAGACUAAUAAAAGCUGCAGACAAACUUUAGUCUGGACCAAAGGAAACCUGAGCUGCAUGCUGGAAACGUGGUCUGGAUCAGUUUUUAUUUUUUCAAACCUGGAAGAAGAAAAGCGAGUCCCAGAGAAGAAAAAGGUGCCAAAAUCAUUUAUUUAUUGGGCGGUAAACAUUCAUACAGUGAAAAAGACAGAUUCAGACCAGCAGAUGGAAACAAUAUUCAACGUAAAAUAAUCAAAAAGACUUAAAUACAAAAGAAAAGAUUGUUUUAGUCAUUGCACUUUAACUUCAUAAAUACAUCUGAACCUUAACUCAUCACAAAUAAUCUGAAUUCAUAUCAAAACCAGACUGUUUARACCUGCAUGAGUGAUGAGACGGUGCUAUUAUGGGAUGGAUGGAAGAAAACAGGUUUGGAACAAUGAAUCCAUUAAAAAAACAUCAAAUAUUUAAUUAAAUUUUCUAUACAAACUGUUUUUAUUAUUUUGACCAGAUUCUU